GAGCGCGUCAUGGGCGCCGAGGCAGCUGAGAAGGAGGCCGACCGCGCGCUCAUGGCUGCGAGGGAGAUGGUUGCCGCUGCGAGAGCCGAUGUGCGGAGGCUCGAGGAGGAAGCCAAGGAGGAGGCUAGGCGGGCCAAGAUUAAGCAAUACCACGCUCGCGAGGUUUCCAAGCGUGGCAAGGCCUUGGGCCGUCACGGAGACUAAGUCCUCGAACAUAAAUCUUUAGGCAACCCAAGCGACAUUUCUUUUGUCAUUAUGAGUUCAUGAUCUGGAUCAUGGCGUACGAUGAACAAUUCGGAGUUGGGAGAGAGCGAAAACACAAGAUUUCACAUUAUGUAGUUAUUACUAUUUUUAUUUACAUACAUGAGCGACCAUUGGGAAAAUGAAAUAUUAUCUGUACUCUCAUCAUCGAAUGGAGUCUUUCAGCGAAAAAUGUCGGGUAGCUUGUUGUACCCAAAGUAGAUAAUGUGAGUGGGAGCAUUAUCAAGAAUGUUUGAGCGUUUCCACAAUCGCUCGUAUCCCAUCAACUGCGAGAUAGCGUCAGUACAUAGGUACAUACUUCAAUAAGGGGAAUAAUAAAUAAUUUAAUCAUCCGACCCUAUUUCACUUAUCUCCGCCUAUGAAUAAUCUCGAAAUAGGGCGAAAUUAGAGAAAGACUGGAGAUAGA